CGAGGUUUCCGGUGUUGUGAAUGUGUCUGCUAAAGAUGGCGGUCAGCAUCCGAGGCCGUCCUAUCCGAAGUAUACGGAUGCGAGGUCGGAAUGACAGUGGGGAGGAAAAUGUACCUCUCGAUCUCACAAGAGACCCCUCUGAGAACAUGCGAGAGAUCCUCCAGAAUGUGGCCAAACAGCAAGGAGUCUCGAAUAUGCGCAAACUCGGCCACCUGAACAACUUCAUCAAGCUGCUCUGCAAUGUCGGGCUCUCGGAGGAAAGGUUUGGCUUUACCUAUGAAGAAAUGAUCAUAUGCCUCAGGUUGGCGCUGCUUAAUGAGGCUAAGGAGGUCCGUGCGGCAGGUUUACGUGCUCUCCGCUACCUCAUCCGAGACAGUAAUAUCCUUCAGAAAGUGCUCCGGCUGCAGGUGGAUUACCUGAUUGCCAGGUGCAUUGACAUCCAGCAGAGUAAUGAGGUGGAACGCACACAAGCACUCAGACUAGUGAGAAAGAUGAUCACUGUGAACGCCCUGCUCUUCCCAAGCUCAAUCACAAACUCACUUAUUGCUGUGGGUAACGAUGGACCGCAGGAGCGGGACCGGAUGGUUCGUGCCUGCAUCGCCAUUAUCUGUGAACUUGCACUGGAGAACCCUGAGAUUGUGGCCAAGAGGGGAGGCCUCAGCACCAUCCUGAAGAAUGUAAUCGACUGCCAGCUCAGUCGCAUCAAUGAGGCUCUGAUGACCACCAUCCUGCACCUGCUCAAUCACCCUCAUACACGGCAGUACGUGCGCUCUGAUGUCGAGCUCGAGCAAAUCCUGGCACCUUACACCGACUUUCACUAUAGACACAAUCCAGACACCGCAGAGGGUCAGCUCAAGGAAGACAGGGAGGCUCGAUUUCUUGCCAGUAAGAUGUCAAUUGUUGCUUCCCUUCGUUCUUGGUCAGGCAUCAUUAAUCUCUGCAAAUCAGGAAACUCUGGAAUCCAGUCUCUCAUUGGUUUGCUGUGUAUACCAAAUAUGGAAGUGAGGCGAGGUCUUCUGGAGGUGAUGUAUGAUAUAUUCAGACUCCCUGUUCCCGUGGUGACACAUGAUUUUAUAGAAGCUCUUCUCAGUGUGGACCCCAGUAGGUUUCAGGACAGCUGGAGACUGUCAGAUGGCUUUGUAGCCUCAGAAGCAAAAAUAAUUCUUCCACAUAGGGCACGGUCCAGACCAGAUUUGAUGGAUAACUAUCUCGCCUUGCUACUUUGUGCAUUCAUCCACAGUGGACUUUUAGAGGGACUGGUUGAAGUAAUCACUAGCAGUGAUGAUAGUGUUUCAGUGCGUGCAACCAUCCUUUUAGGAGAGCUCCUGCAUAUGGCCAACACCAUUCUUCCCCACUCCCAUAGUCACCACCUGCACUGCCUGCCCACUCUUAUGAACAUGGCUGCUUCUUUUGACAUUCCUCAGGAGAAAAGACUACGGGCGAGUGCUGCAGUCAAUUACUUAAAGCGAUUUCAUGAGAAGAAGAAACGAGGCCCCAAACCCAAUAGUCUUUAUUUGGACCAUAUUAUUCGCAAAUCGCUGGCUGCUCAUUACUGUCGAGACCAGCAGAGGCCCCAGAGGGACAUUUUUGUCAUUAAGGACACCGAGGAGGCCCUGAUGAUGAACCUCAGAGACAGUCAGAUUCUCAAUCAUAAACAGAAUUUGGAAUGGAACUGGGUCCUGAUCAGUACCAUACUCAAGUGGCCAAAUGCUAACCUUCGGAACAACAAAGAGGAACAGAUGCACAAGUUUGUGCGAAGGCUGCUGUUUUUCUACAAGCCUAGCAGUAAGCUGUAUGCUAGCCUGGAGCUGGACCACAGCAAGGCCAGGCAGUUAACGGUGGUGGGCUGUCAGUUCAUUGAGUUCCUGCUGGAGUCAGAUGAGGACGGUCAGGUGUAUCUGGAGGACCUGGUGAAGGACAUUGUCCAGUGGCUGUCCUCGUCCUCUGGCCUGAAACCAGACCGUAGUCUACAGAGCAACGGCCUCCUCACCACUCUCAGCCAGCACUACUUCCUCUUCCUCGGCACUCUCUCUGCCCACCCACAGGGUGUUAAGAUGCUUGAGAAGUGCAGCGUCUUCCAGUGCCUGCUGAACCUGUGCUCCUUGAAGAACCAGGACCAUCUUUUGAAGCUGAUCGUUUCCACACUGGACUACAGCCGGGAUGGCUUAGCACGAGUCAUCCUCUCCAAGAUCCUCACUGCUGCCACUGACAACUGCAGGCUGUACGCCACCAAGCAUCUGCGGGUGCUACUUCGAGCUAACGUGGAGUUCUUCAGCAACUGGGGUAUUGAACUGCUGGUGACUCAGCUACACGACCGCAACAAGGCCAUCUCAGUAGAGGCUUUGGACAUAUUGGAUGAGGCCUGUGAAGACAAGGCAAACCUGCACGCUCUGAUUCAGAUGAAGCCAGCGCUAACUCACCUGGGAGACAAGGGUGUGCUGUUGCUGCUACGAUUUUUGUCCAUUCCAAAGGGGUUCUCCUAUCUAAAUGAAAGGGGCUAUGUCACUAAACAACUGGAAAAGUGGCAGAAGGAAUACAACCUCAAGUAUGUGGACCUCAUAGAGGAACAGCUUAAUGAAGCACUCACUACUUACCGUAAACCAGUGGAUGGAGAUAACUACGUGCGACGGAGCAACCAAAGGUUACAAAGACCAAAUGUUUUUCUUCCUGUGCAUUUGUAUGGGCAACUUGUGCAUGAUAAGACGGGCUGUCAUUUGCUGGAAGCUCAGAAUGUAGUUUCAGAUCUGAGCUAUACAGUGCGCUGCCCAGUGCUGGACAAAUGGGAUGGCAUCAAACAUCUUAAAGCUGCUCUUUGGGCCCUGGGAAACAUUGGCACAUCUAACUGGGGACUAAACCUUCUGCAGGAAGAGAAUGUAAUUCCAGACAUCGUCGCUCUUGCCCAUGACUGUGAGGUUCUCUCUAUUAGAGGGACAUGUCUUUAUGUUCUGGGACUCAUUUCUAAAACUAAGCAGGGAUGUGAGCUUCUGAAACUGCAUGGUUGGGAUGCAGUUAGGCACAAUCGCAGGCAGCUGUGGCCUGUAGUGCCGGAUGAAGUGGAGCAGAGCCAAAACCUACAACAGCAACAGCAGCAACAACAGCAGCAACCCCUCAUCCACCUUUCCUCAGCGCCCAGCACCCUCAGCCUGAACUCUGAGUCCACCAGCUCUAGACAUAACAGCGAGAGUGACUCCACUCAGCCUAGCAUGUACAUCCUGGAUGACGAUAAGUUAGAAAGCUCUGAACUUUCAGAGGACCAGCCACUGUACUUCAGACCCAAACUCCUAAAGGACCGCAGCCCCUUCACCAUACUAGCCUCCAGUCGACUUGUCCGGAACCGCUUCCUCAUCUCCUUGUCCGGAAAAAAACUCCGUAGUACCAGUGACCCCAAAGGCACUGGUAGCAGCAAUAAACUCCAUGGCGAGCCCACGUUAGGAGGCCUAAGGAGGAUACGCACAGUUACAGAGCCCUCUAUAUUCUCUCAAGUUCAGGGAGAUGUCUUCAGUCCUGUAUUUACUGAUGGACAUCUGCCGAAAAGCCCAAGCGUUAGUCUGGAUACCUCUUUUGUAGGCAGCAAGACUUCAGAAACUCAGGGCAGCACAUCUAGUAUUGGAGAACCUGAGACUCGUAUGAACAAAGCUGCAGAACGGAGCUCCGGGGUUGGAGACGCCCAACGAGAGCAGACCAGUCGGGAAAGGCUGGCAGGCGAUGGCUCAAACUCUGGGAGCGGGGCUCAGUUUAAAAGUCGCAGCCAGAGUUUCAACACAGACACAACCACUAGUGGUAUUAGCUCCAUGAGCUCCAGCCCAUCCAGAGAGACGGUGGGUGGCGUGGACUCUUCCACCAUCGAUACGGACUGUGUUAGCCUCAAUACGGUCAUUAGCACUCAAACUGUCAAAACACUUCACUCUCUCACGCCCCAGUCCAACCACCUUCCCCUGUCCAAAUCUAACUCUGUACUGCUGAUGCCACCGGGUUCUUCUCAUACUUUGCCUCGAAGGGCUCAGUCCCUUAAAUCGCCUUCUGUCACAACCAUUUCAAGCCUGACUGACUGUAGCUUCAUGUAUACCAGCCCACGGGACGCACUGGGAUACGCUACCCUCAAGCGACUACAGCAGCAGCGCAUUCACCCUUCCCUUUCCCAUAGCGAGGCACUUGCCUCGCCUGCCAAAGACGUGCUCUUCACCGAUGCCAUUACUAUGAAAACUGGCAGCCUGGAUUCCAGACUCACACCACGCAGGUAUACUAAAAAGCGCUUCAGAUGUCUGGGCCAAGGUUCAAGCAGGCCCCAUCGCAGAUCUCUGCUGCCACGGUUUCUGAAGGCUUUGAGUUUUGCAUCUCUGGAUAAGGAGGAUCUUCUGAGCCCUAUCAGUCAGACCUCCCUGCAGCGCUCCUCCUCAGUGCGUUCAAUGGUGUCCAGUGCCACAUAUGGCAACUCCGAUGACUACAUUGGCCUUGCACUACCAAUGAACAUCAACAGCAUGUUCCAGAUUAAAGACGUACCAUACUUCCAGAAGAGGACAAGUCCACCAUCAGAAGACCGAUCAGCAAAGUUCUUCUCUGGAGAUGCAGAUGGUUCCACUGAAGGAUCCAGGCAUUCUGUUUUGCGAUCUCAGCUUAGUAUAACAGAGCUGAUUGCGGUGAGCCGUUCAGACCAGCACCAGCUGCUAGGUGCGGAGGAGACCGGCCUGCAGGAGCACAAUGAGGAGAACUGUCUUUACUGCGCAGGGCUCUACGUGCUUGGGUGUAAUUUAAACACUCCUACGCAAAACCGCACAGACUAUCCCGAUGCUCCAUUCUCAGAAUGGUGCAAUCAGUCCCUACACAACCUGGACGUCAUGCCUCAGUCUAAGUACUCAGGAGUGUCUGGCUGCAGCGACGCUGUCUCUCAGGGAUCUGGUGGCAGCACACGCAGCACAGAGCUUGUUCUUGGGGUGAAAAAUAUUCCAGAGGAUGCUCCAGCCUGCCGUGUUCUUCUGAGGAAGGAGGUGCUUCGACUAGUCAUUAACCUGAGCUCCUCAGUGGGGACAAAAGGGAAUGAAACAGGACUACUCACAAUCAAGGAAAAGUUUCCUUAUGCGUUUGAUGACAUCUGCUUGUAUUCCGAAGUUUCAUACUUGUUGGCCCACUGCAUGUUCAGACUGGCUUCACGGCGCUUCAUUCAGGAGCUUUUUCAAGAUGUUCAAUUCAUUCCGAUGUACGAGGAGGCUGAGAGCAUUCUGUCAAUGCCCAAGAAGUCUACCACAGUAGAUCUUCCAUCAGAACCGUGAUCCUUUAAGUGUUUUGCACGCUGUUCUCUUCUGCGAUUUGCGCAAGUAUGGAUCUCUUUCUUGGCCCGACCAUGCGACUAAGACAAAUACGCAAUAAGAGAGUAGGGCUAUGGAACAGACAUAGGUGGACUAAGAGAGUCACCGGGAACAUUUCCACAGACACAUAAAAAGCGGUACGUUAAGAGAACAAACUGUUUUUACCUGAACAAAUAUACUCUACACAGACACCUACAGUGGAAGUUGUAACCAAAUAAUCCUUGUAAACCGAAUGGAAAGUGAAACAUGCAAAUAUUUGAUCUAUGAGUCAAUACAAAUCGUAUUUCAAACGCAAGCAAGAGAAACCUUUCAAGACUGUCUAGGGAGAUUAUUAACUUUUUUUUAAAGGCCUGGGCAUAUGAUUGCACGUAACAAAAGCAUUUUUUUUCCCUGAGUGGAUCCUUCAACACUACAACAUUCCAGCUGUUUUCUUUGGAUUUCUCUAUUACUAAUUCUGGUUGUUUCAGAUAUGAAAUGGCUUUCGUAACCAGACUGAGCAAACACUCUUUGUCCUGGUGUGAUUUGCUUUGUAAGACAAUCAUCAUUAAGUAAUAAUAAUUGUCAGCAACUGCCAGGUAUGUUUUUUUUUCCCUUUUGUACCUGAUUUAUAAAAGGGUCUUUACUGCUUAUUGGUUUUUAUCUUAGCGUAGCACAUAGAAAUCCCUGAUUAAAUGUAUGUAAAUGUAUCUGAUGGUGUUGUUACACAAUAACGCAAUAGUGACUGCAUUGUAUUAUUGUGUAACUUUGAUAACUGACUUAUGAAACAUCAUCCAAAAAAAAAAUCUGACAUUUGAAUCAAUAAGAUAUUUAUUUAUUUAUUCAGUUAUUUAUUGUUUGGUCCAAGCAGCUCCUCUGUCCCUUUUACUUUAUUUUAGCCUAUUAACUGGCUGUGGAAAAUUUACGUCUGACAGCCAGUGUAUCUAUAGAAAACGGGCCUCAAAAGAGGAAGUUAAAGUGCAUUUCACCACUGCUAUUUUGCCGUUUUACUCUUCUCCAUUUUAAGUAGUUUUAGAGAUUUUAACUAACCCAUAGAAAGUUUUUUUCUUUCCGUAGAAAAUAUAAUUAAUUAGUGAAGCAUCAACAAAUCGAAUAUUCGCCAAACAUAUUUCACACUAUUUGUAUAUGAGAAUACAUUUUGUACUUUAUUCUCUCUUUCGGAUUGAUAGUAAUACUUUUUUUUUUACCUGAAUGUGGUCCGGAGAUUUUGAACGGGGGGGGGGAUAUUGGGUUAAAAAGUAAGGUUAAACUGACAAGACAUGAUUGAGAAUGAUCCUUAAUAUAUGACGUUCUGCUCAAACUGAUUGCCAUCCUUAAAGCACUACUCUUUAUCAUUGUCGAACAGCGGUUCUCGGCAUUUCAUUCAAAAUGUCUUCAGGGUUAGAACGAAUCUAGUUUAACAUUGCAUAAAAACGAAAAACAUCACCAAAAAUAGUUCCCGCUUUGUAAGUGUAAAUUUGAGAUUCAUUUGAAUUAUUUCUAUGCAAUGUGCCUCUUAAUUCUGUAUGCACAAAUGACUUAUUGAAGAUAAGACGAUCACUUCAUUUUCUGGACCAUUUAUAUUAUUUAGGCAGCUUUAAUUAUUUUGCCUUAUUUGUAUUAGCUUUAACCUUAAUUUUUAGAAUUAAUGAAUUUGCCCUUUUUUCUUGUUUUAUUUAUUAUAGGAACUAAUAAAUCUGCCUUUGCCUGCCUUGGCUUUUGAAUUAAGCAUCAGGUUUCAACUUCCAUUUUUUUUUUUUUUAUUGUACAAAAACGAGUCUGAUAAGGCCAGCAAUAAUACUAGUUGUUGAUAUAGUAUUUCCUUUUAGGCUUCUGAGGAAAUUGUAAAAUGCAUGUGCAUUCUAACCCCUAUCUGAGGUAUAAUGAUAGAAAAAUAGCAACGGUCUAAGCAACAGAUGAUGUUUGGGAUUGCGUAUAUAUGUUGCAGUCAUUUUUAUAAUAUAAUGACUGGACAUUGAACAAUAAUGAAGCCACUUAUAAAAUUUCCUCGAUGAACAAAAUAAAUCUGGAAUCUGCCCAUAAUACUUUCUGAAGUGUUUUUGGAUAAAUAAUUUUCACAUGUGGUUUAGUGUGUGUGUGGGUGAAAGUAUCCCAGAAUGCCGGAUAGCUGGGUCUUUUUCCAGUGAUAAAUCAUGUUUCAGUUUUUUGCUUCCAUUUUUCCUUAGGGGUUAUGUGCAGCCCAUGACUGCAAGCCAAUUGUUUAAAAUGGUGUUAUUUUUCAAAUGCUAAAAAAAACAUGUACCGGUGUUUUUAAAAACCUUAAAAAUAACAAUGAGCGCCAACUAUUGCAGAGUUAAUUGUAUACGUGGAGCAAUUUCCAAGUAUUUUAAAGGGGUCGUUUUCUCCAUCGCCAUCAAUGCUAAGAGUAUAAAGGAAAUGCAUAUAUUUUAAAUGUACAUUUGUUCAUUGUGCAACUAAACCUUAACUGCACCUUUCAUUGAUUUUGUCUUUCUUUUAAGUGCACUCGUGAUUUUGCAGAGCACUGUAUGAAAUGUAAGCACCAUUUAAUAAUGAGAUUGCAGAGACUGAUGCAAGUGUUAUUUAUAUUUUUUUUUCCUGAAGGGAAAAAGCAUCUUAAACAGUUGUACAUACUUAAAAUGUUUCUUUAAUUGUAUAAUUUAAUGUGUUUUGGGGGGCAUUAGCGAUGGGCCUUGAGAAUUUAAUGAAAGGGAUACGUCCGUGAUAAAAUAAAAUGAACCUCAGUUUCCUUGA